UUCUAUAAAAGAAAAUAAGAAAAUGAAGUUCGACGAAGAAUUGAAAAAUGUCGGACGAGGAACACCAUUUCGAGUCCAAGGCUGAUGCUGGAGCAUCAAAGACAUAUCCACAACAAGCUGGCACCAUUCGCAAAAAUGGUCACAUUGUUAUCAAAAACAGACCCUGCAAGGUAGUGGAAGUUUCAACUUCAAAAACUGGGAAGCAUGGUCAUGCAAAGUGUCACUUUGUUGGUAUUGACAUCUUCACUGGCAAAAAACUUGAAGAUAUUGUUCCUUCUUCUCAUAACUGUGAUGUUCCUCAUGUCAAUCGCACUGACUACCAGCUUAUUGAUAUCUCAGAGGAUGGAUUUGUGAGUCUGCUGACUGAGAGUGGUGGUACUAAGGAUGACCUCAAGCUUCCAUCUGAUGAAAGUCUGCUUUCACAGAUCAAGGAUGGAUUUGGUGAGGGUAAAGAUCUGAUUGUGAGUGUUAUGUCUGCCAUGGGUGAGGAGCAGAUUUGUGGCCUUAAGGACAUUGGUCCCAAGUAAUAUAUAGAGCGCCAUAAAUGCUGCUUGGAAUUGAGAUGGUAUAUUUAAUAUUUGUGUGUUUGUUGUGUAAAGAUAUAAACCUAAGUUUGAGAAAUUCUUACUAGAUAUGGUAAUGGUUGACUUUAUUGAGUCGUUGACCACUUAUAUUUUUGUGGUAUGAGAUCAAUAAUUGAACCAUCAAGUCUGUUAUAUGUUGCGAAGAAGUUAUAUUGGCUACUAGCCAGUAACACUUGAUUUUAUAUGGUUAUAUAAUAAGACCUUCUAACGUUUCUCCUAUAA